AUGAAUUCCAGCAGGGCAGACAACAACUUUAUUCCACCUGAAUGCAGCGUCUACAAAACAGUGGGAGGGAAGCUAUCCGAUUCUGAUACCCAAGCCAGAAACGUUCUUAUCUUUAUCGUAAUCACCAACAUCGUCCUAUCUCCCCUCACUGCUACUUUCAACAUGUUAUCGAUGAUAGCUGUAAAAACUAAAAGGCGCUUGAGAGAGCACAAGUCCAACAUACUGCUUGCUUGUUUAGCGGUGACCGAUUUGGCGGUGGGUGUGAUUGUUCAACCAAUGUUAACUGUCGUUUCAAUCAUCGACCUGGUCGGCGAAAUAACGAGAGAAUUGUGUUUAUUACAGAUCUGCACACAAUUUAUGACGAGUCUUUUAGUUAACUCGUCUCUUAUCCACCUGGCUUUGGUGAGUGGAGAAAGAUAUUUAGCCACGAAGCACGUUUACGCCUAUGCAAACGGACUCGUUACAGAGGUUCGCCUGCUGGUUGCUUCAGGACUGGCGUGGCUCCUUUCCCUGAUCUUGCACAUUCCUCUUUUUGUUAAGAUAUCAGUUUUUUAUGCCACAAACAACAUUUUCAUCGGAAUUUCUCUCGCUAUAAUAACUUUCUGCCAUGUAACCGUCUACCGCGAGGUUCGCAGACAGCAAAAGACACUUUCAACUCAACAAGUCACAGAGGAGGCAAGGCAGAAAAUUCUGAAAGACAGGAAGGUUUUCAAACUGACAGCUACAAUUGUUGCAGUGCUAUUUUUCUGUUACUUACCAAUAACCGUUGUUAGAAUUGUAUUAAACUGGUCAGGUUUAAUGUCUAUAAAAGUAAGGUUUACAAUUUUAUUCUUUUCCGUGUCGUUCACACUAUUUAAUUCAUUCCUUAAUCCACUUAUUUACGCCAUUAGGAUACGACAGUUUCGCGUAGCCUUCAUCGAAUUGUUAUGUAGAACCACAAACUUAGCCGAAGCUGAGGAAAUGGAAAGGAACAUGUUUAGACGGUGUAAUGCUGCAGCAGUAAUGGACAGAGGACAAAAACAAGAAGAAGAACAUCAUGAUGAAGGACAGCAAAUAUCGAACGUGAGCACGUAA